AUGGCAGGUUUUGUAAGAGGGUUUGCAGACAUGAUGGAUGGAGGUAAUAUCUGCAGAGGUGUGGGGUCUUAUCCUCAAUGGAAUCCCGACAUUAACAGCGCUCCAUUUCCUCCUCUUCAACCUCCUGCAGGUGGCCUUCUCAAUGGCGAGAAUCAAAAGCUGUUCGGGAUUACCAACAACACCAACGUAAAAGUGAAGGGUGAUGGUAAUGGUGCCUUCACGCUUGGAAACUUCAAAUGA